AUGCCCAAGCAAACAGCGGUGACGAUUACUUUGGCGACCCUGCUGGGUGUUGCAGUGGGGGGCCUGAUUUUCUGGAAAGCAACCCAGCGUCGGAAAGGAAAAGCAUGCUGUAGCAGGCAGCGAGACGAAGUGGUGAUAAACUCGGGAGAUGAGCAACUGAUUAAGGCAGAGGAUAAGGAGGUGCUUUCCUUCUCCAGAUCUCCCACCUUUCCCUGGGUAGAGAGGACCCUUGGUGCGCACAUAGUGAUAGUUUCAGAGCAGGAGGAGUGGGAUCGUGUUGAACCCUUGCUGAAGAAGGAGCUGGAGAAGUGGCCGGUGCUUGGGAUUGAUUGUGAGUGGGUAUCUGUGGAGGGAAAAGCAAAUCCCGUAUCCCUCCUGCAGAUGGCUUCUUCCAGUGGCCUCUGCGUUCUUGUUCGAUUGCUCAGGCUUGUUGCCAGUGGCCACACUGUCCCAAAGACCCUGUUGGACAUCAUGGCAGAUAGUGCUGUGUUGAAAGUUGGGGUAGGAUGCUAUGAAGAUGCUUGCAGGUUGCUUCACGAUUAUGGUCUUCCAGUCAAAGGGAGCGUGGAUCUCCGGUACUUAGCCAUGAGACAGCGGAAGGCUCUACUUCACAACUGCCUUAGCCUUAAGUCUUUAGCUGAAAAAGUCCUGAACUGCCCGCUUGACAAGUCUCCUCACGUGCGUUGCAGCAACUGGGAGGCAGAAGAACUGACACAAGAUCAGGUUCUCUAUGCUGCUAGGGAUGCCCAGGUCUCAGUGGCUCUGUUCCUCCAUCUGCUGGGGUUCACCAGCCUCCCUGCUACGCCUGAAGGUGUAGACUCCACCGCUGCUUGGGAGAAAGCACUGAGUCAAUGCCGGGGCUUGGUGGAUGUCCCAUUUAGAGGAAGAAGGAGUGGCAACACGGGAGAGGAGAAGAAUGGAGAGGGACGAUCCCCUCAGAAGACAAAGCAUCGGAAAUCUUCGGUGAAUGGCCAUCCCUCUGGCAGCCAGCAAGUGAGAGAUCCCCGGAGGCAGAAGAGAAAGCCUCUGGGCGUGGGGUAUUCUGCACGCAAAUCUCCACUGUAUGACAACUGCUUCCUGCAUGCCCCAGAUGGACAGCCCCUGUGCACUUGUGAUCGCAAGAAGGCUCAGUGGUAUCUGGACAAGGGGAUUGGAGAGCUGGUUAGCACAGACCCAUUUGUUGUGAAGCUGCGGUUUGAGCCUUCAGGACGCCCUGAGUCUCAAGUUGAUUAUUAUCUGACAGUCAAAGAGAACCUAUGUGUUGUAUGUGGCAAGAGAGAAUCCUAUAUCCGGAAGAACAUUGUUCCUCACGAGUACCGAAAACACUUCCCCAUCCAGAUGAAGGACCACAACUCCCACGAUGUGCUCCUGCUCUGCACGUCCUGCCAUGCCAUCUCCAAUUACUAUGACAACCAUCUCAAGCAGCAGCUGGCCGAGGAGUUUGGUGCCCCCAUCGGCUCCGAGGAAGGUGUGCGCCUGCUGGAGGACCCUCUGCGCAGGCAAGUGCGCUCGGGGGCCCGAGCCCUGCUGAAUGCAGACAGCCUGCCUGACCCCCGGAGGGCAGAACUUCUGCAGAGCAUCAAGGACUUCUUUAACACAGAGACAGUCACCCCAGAAAUGCUCCAGGAAGCAGCUGGUCUUGAAACCAGGAUCUGCAAUGAGAGCUACAUGCCACACGGACUGAAGGUGGUGCAGUGCUUUGCUAAAGGAGGCCUGCGCUCCCUCAUGCAGCUGGAGAGACGCUGGAGGCAGCAUUUCUUGGACAGCAUGCAGCCCAAGCACCUCCCGGAGCAGUGGUCAGUGGACCAUAACCACACGAAGCUGAUCCGAAAGUACGGGGAAGAUCUUCAGGUCGAGCUGUCGUGA